GAAUUGCGGGACAGAGAGUGCUGGUAGCGCAGCAAUUAUCGAGUCGACUAGGUUGCGUCCGGUUUUACCGGAUUUUAGGUACCGAAGGAGUAGAAUAGCUGUGUGUCAUUUCGGGCUACGAAGAGUCCGUACCCCCAGUUAAGAUGCUGGACGUGGGCUCAAAAUACGUCGGCUCGAAGUAUGUCGGAGCGGCGUCACUUUUACGUUUUUGUGUGCUGGUAAUGGCAUGUAUAGUGGGCUUCGCCUCCCGAUUAUUCGCCGUCAUUCGCUUCGAGUCGAUUAUCCACGAAUUCGAUCCGUGGUUCAACUAUCGUGCGACGCAUUAUAUGGUCCAGCAUGGAUUUUAUAAAUUCCUCAACUGGUUCGACGAACGUGCGUGGUACCCGCUUGGCAGGAUUGUCGGUGGAACGGUGUAUCCCGGGCUGAUGCUGACCUCGGGUCUGAUUCAUUACGUACUCUCGUUACUUAACAUUCCUGUUCACAUUCGGGACAUCUGUGUGUUUCUGGCGCCGAUCUUUAGUGGUCUCACCGCCUUGGCCACAUAUUUUCUCACUAAGGAGCUGUGGGACGAAGCUGCCGGACUCUUCGCUGCGUGCUUCAUUGCAAUUGUACCCGGCUAUAUCUCACGUUCGGUGGCCGGUUCUUACGAUAAUGAAGGUAUUGCUAUCUUCGCUUUGAUGUUCACCUACUACCUGUGGAUUAGGUCAGUAAAAACCGGCGGUAUCCUGUGGUCAAUGAUGACAGCAUUAUCAUAUUUCUACAUGGUGUCCGCAUGGGGCGGGUACGUGUUUAUCAUCAACCUCAUUCCUCUUCACGUGUUCACGCUGUUGCUGAUGAAUCGUUUCUCGCAGCGUAUUUACGUAGCCUAUACGACAUUCUUUAUUAUGGGGCUGCUAUUCUCAAUGCAAGUCCCCUUUGUCGGCUUCCAGCCGGUGCGUACAUCGGAGCACAUGGCAUCGAUCGGAGUGUUUGGCCUAUUGAACGCUGUCGCCUUUCUUAAGUACCUGCAGGGUUACUUCAGCAACCGCGAAAUGAAAGCUCUCAUCAUCGGCUCUAUCGUUAUCCUUACCUUUGGAGGCCUUAUGCUUGUCAGUUUACUUACAUGGGCUGGCUAUGUUGCCCCCUGGUCGGGUCGUUUCUAUUCACUGUGGGAUACCGGUUACGCCAAGAUUCAUAUACCCAUCAUUGCGUCUGUUUCUGAACACCAACCGACAACGUGGUUCUCUUUCUUUUUUGAUCUUCACGUACUCGUCGCAGUGUUUCCAGUCGGCCUCUGGUACUGCGUGAAAUAUACAAAUGACGAACGGGUCUUCAUUGUUCUAUAUGCGGUCACGGCAGUCUAUUUUGCUGGAGUAAUGGUCCGUCUCAUGCUGACGCUAACGCCGUGCGUCUGUGUGCUUGCCGCUAUUGCGUUUUCGCACACGUUUAAGCUCUACCUCGUAGAAGAUGAUAUGGUGGGACAAACAAAUAUUGGAUCCUCUUCCACACCCGACAAGAACUCGUCGGGAGACAAGAAGAAGCUUAAAGCGUUUCGCAAGAGGGACUUGUCGGGCGCUUCUGAUGUGCCUUCGCCCAGCUCACCGUUAGGCACUAAUAAGCGAAUGUUUGUCGUGCUAGCCUUGCUUAUGGUGCUUAUGCUCUUCGCCGUACAUUGCACGUGGGUCACAAGUAACGCCUACUCGUCGCCAUCGAUUGUGCUUUCUUCGUAUUCAGGCGAUGGCACUCGUGUUAUUUUGGACGAUUUCCGUGAAGCCUAUUACUGGCUGGCGCAGAAUACUCGCGAUGAGGCCCGAGUCAUGAGCUGGUGGGACUACGGUUAUCAGAUAGCAGGGAUGGCGAAUCGGACAACAUUAGUAGAUAACAACACUUGGAACAAUUCGCACAUCGCUUUGGUUGGAAAGGCCAUGUCUUCGAACGAGAGCGCAGCCUACGAGAUUAUGAAGGAGCUUGAUGUCGACUAUGUGCUCGUCAUCUUCGGCGGCGUAAUUGGUUAUUCAGGUGACGAUAUUAACAAAUUCCUUUGGAUGGUGCGUAUUGCCGGCGGGGAACAUCCUCAAGAGAUUCGUGAAUCAGACUAUUUCAAUGCCAAAAGUGAAUUCCGAGUCGAUACGGAAGGAUCUCCAACCCUCCUCAACUGCCUUAUGUACAAGCUGUCAUACUUCCGAUUCGGCGAAAUGCAGCUCGAUCGGCGAGCUCCGGCCGGUUACGAUAGAACGCGUAACACGGAAAUCGGCAACAAGGACAUUCGGUUGGAGCAUUUAGAAGAGGCUUACACAACUGAACAUUGGCUUGUACGAAUCUACAGAGUAAAAAAGGAAGCCAAUAGGCCACGGGUGCCCUAUGCACAACGGGUGGCCCGUCCUAAAAAUGUCUACGUUUCGAGGAAGACGUCCUGGAGAAGGACAGGUUCCAUCAAAGAUAAAUCGGGUGAAAAAGUUUAAGCAAGUAAAACAUGUUAAUAGAGAGUAGCCCAUACGAUACACACAGAUGUCGCCCAUAGUUCAACACAGACACUCAUUAUAAA